AUGGACGAGGACGAAGACGAGGACGCGACGACGCGCUGGAGCGAAGACGGCGCGGCGUUCGCGCGCGCGUUGAGCGAGACGAGGUCAUCCACAUCCACGUCGACGGCCACGGCAAGCGUGAUGACGAGAAUCGGCGAAGUGGUAUGGCGAUCUACGUUUGACGGCGCAGUACCGCUGGCGGGGAUGGGAUUGGCGCUCGCGAAGAAGAAGAAGACGUACGAUUUGUUGCGAGUCAAUCUCAAGGGCACGCCCACGGUGUACCGCGAGCGCGUGCGGCUGGACGACGAUUUGGGUGAUGAAUUGGACGACCAAGUGGUGGACUCGGUGACGCUGGGUAAAAAGUUACGUCACGCGGACGGCGCCGAGUGGGUGGAGCGUGAACGCGAGCUCGUGGUUCUCGGCCGCGGUAAGACAUCAGUGGGGACGGUGAUCACGAUGUGGACGUACGAUGAUGCCGAUGACUUCCCAAAUUUCAGGUGCAUGCGAGUGAUAGAUUGUGGCGGGGACGUCGCACCUCGGCGAAGCAUGUUUCGUACUCCGCGCCGCUUGCGCGUGGCGCUGCGUUCGGAGGAUGGUGCUUUCAGCGUCGCCGUGUGGUCGUCUAUCGGAUCGUUGAGCGUUUUCUGCGUCUCUAAAGACGGCGAAGAAUUGGUAAAGCGUAUCAAUACUCGAGAUGACGUGUGCGCCGCAGCAUGGUGGUCUUUUGACGCGCUUGCAGUGGCGACUCGAGCGGGAAAUCUCACCGUAAAGACGGUUCCCGAAGACGAGAACGUUUUGGGAGACAAACCUGAAACAUUUGAUUCGAUCGAAGAUUUAGUGUCCGUGCCGAAUGUUGUGGCUGAAAAUGAGCGUGGUCGUUUGUUGCUACUCGAACGUCCUCUUGAAGGUGGAUGGCGACUCAUCUCAAUCAACGAACGAACGCCGCUCGAAAUGUUGCAUUCGCACAUGGAUGUCGAGGAGUGGGGCGUCGCCCUAACCUUGGCUCGCCAACACGGGCUCGACACGGACGAGAUUUACAAGACUCGUUGGAAGCGUUCGCGCAUUACGAUAGAAGGCUUGACCGACUGGUUAUCACGCGUAUCAGAUCGCGCGUGGGUGGGCGUUCACUGCCUCAUCGCAUGCGCCGAUUCGUACGAGAUUCAGCGGCACGUGUUGGUGUACGGAUUGAAGGAAUCGGAUGCGCAAGCGAGACGAACGUCUAAAAAUGGCGGGUUGGAUCCAGAGUGGAACUGGUGGAUUAAGCUUCGAUUGGCCUUGCUCGGUGCGCUCGAUCGCGCCGAUACAGUGCACGAGAUCACCGGCGGGGGAUUUUCCUCUCAAGUCUACUCAAAACUUUUGCGAUCGACGAUUGCUCAAGCGGCGUUGACUGCGGCAUAUGCGAGCGAUGUGAAAUCUUUAGAGAUCAUCUUCAAGCGACACGCAUGCGGGGUUCGUGACGUGAUUUUCGACAGUCUUUCUGCAUUGCCCGAAACGUCUCAGGUAGCGACGUAUGAUAAGCUUUUGCCCUGGUCUGAAGAAUACGUCAUCAGCAGCGGAGCUGCGCAACUUUCGGGACGUCGCACGAGAGAUUGGUCAGAGUCAGAAGCGUAUCUGAAGGAAAUCAAUCAAUGCGAGGCGGGAGAUUACGAUUUAGCCCGUGCGGCCGAUGUUUCGCCGUCGGUUAGUGAAAUAUUUGAUAGCCUCGCUACGAGGGAGUGGUUAAAGUCGGCUACGGAGGAGCUGUGUAAACUCGCACGAUCACCGAACGAUUCGAUGACGAUACAUUCUAACGAAGAAAUGGAAACAUGGACAAUACGCAGGUCGUGUGAGAUGGACGCGUUCGCUGGAUCUCUCAGUAGUGCGCAUCAACUUUUGGAUUCCGCCUCGAGAUCUUUGGCUACGAGCACGCUCGUCGACUACGCGUGCGCCGCAUCGACACUCGCAUCGACGGCAUUCAUACUUUUUGACGCAGACGAUCGCCGAAUUUGUGACGUUAGCCUUGAGGAAUUUCUUGUGAGCGACCCAUAUGGACGAUUAUGCACGAUUCUAUCGAUGUUGAGUGAAAAGAAUAUGUCUCGGCUCAUGUCCGGUCCUGUCAGCGAAAUCCUCGCGCACGUUGGCGGUGCGUCAGAAGACGGUGUGGUUCUCGCGCGAGAGAUGAUUCAACGUUGGAUUUUACGAACAUCUGAGGACCGAAAUCUUGGGCUAGUAUCUCGCAUCAUUCGCUGGCUCUCUUCGUCGGUAGAAUCGAUCGAAUUGGUCGGUGGUCCCGAUGCGCUUGCCUCCGUCGUUGUCGAAGCUUCGCUAUCGCACGACGAUGGCGACGAAAAGUUGAUAGCAGAGUUGGCUGAUAUGCUCAGUGAUCUUCCUUCGCUCGUCGCUGAAGUACCAGUUGCGAAAAAAGCUAUCUCGCGUCUGAACGCGUGCAAAUUGAUGCAACAAAACGACGUGAGCGUUUCGCUGAAUGACAUCGUCAGCGCUGAGCGUGAUGAAUCCAAGGCUAUUAGUUUCGUGCGUACAUUCGUCGCAAACGUCGUCGCCAAAAACUCUUCUUUGCAGUGGUCGAGUCUGUGGUCAGAUCUACACGGAUUACAGUCGAGUGUGUUCCGUCGCUCGCUUUCACACGAUCAAGUCCUCGGUGAACUGCUGCGCGCACAACUGCGCGCAAAGGAUUGGACGCACGCAAAGCGACACGUUCCCGCGAAUGGCCCUGCGGGAGCCGUCGGUGCCCUUGUCGGUGGAUUAAAAGAGCUUGGAGGCGGCGUGUCUGCCGUUAUCUCGCCAUCCAUUGCGGAAGAUAUCGUUUGCUCGGUCGCUGAAGAAUUCCUCGCGCGGGCCGAACACGUUGACGACGAGGCGUCGCUCGCAGCCGAAAACUGUCUUCGUUUGAUGCCAACUCGAGACACAACGACAAAGAGGCUCAAUUUCAUCGCUGCGCUGCGUGUGCUUUCGAAGUACGAAGUUCGCCGCGCACCGAGCGCGAUAAACGCUGAAAGUGCUCUCGAGAUGGUGCUGGAGUGCGCGAAGAAGGACGACGCCGGAUGUCGCGCGCCCGACUUUUUACAAGAAAUCGCCGCCAAUCUUGGUGUAAGCGACGACGAAGCACGCAUGUCUAUAAUCCUCGCGACUGGAGUCAAAGCCCUUGACGUUGGCGACGUAGAAGCCGCUUACGCGACGGCAUCACGCCUCUGCAAGCGCAACUACGGGCCCGCUUGGAAACUGUGCGUCGACGUUGCGCGGGCCAUGCCAAUGGAUGACACCAAAAGGGUCGCGAAAGGGUCUUUACUAGCAUUUGCGCUGGUGCAUGCUGAUCAAGCUGUUCUCGCAACGCUCCUGGGCGAUUGGCAAGCGACGCAAACGCAUCAGAUACUGCACGCGUUCGCCGACGCGCACGCGGGCGAUGCAAGCGACGACGAUGUCGAGAGAUCCCUAUCGAAAGCCUGCGGGGAUAGUUGGAUUGGAACGGGCGUUCGGCCAGGAGUAAAGACUCUCGCGCGUCAUUCACACUUUGGUCGAGCUUUAGAAUUGAUUUUCAGCUCAUCCGACGAGAAGGCGAAAGAAGCUGCAAGUGCCGUCACGUACGCACUCGGCGUUCACGCGACGAACGUAUCGGACGAUGUUUUGGCGAAUGUCGCGCAGAACUCCAUAGAAUUAGCUUUAAAGAGUUGUCGAGCGAGAGAUUUUGGCUCUGAAACUCCACCACCGAUGAUGUGGUCCGCUAUGGGGGUUUUACUGACGAUGCGAGAUGCGGUGAAGGUUUCCUCCGUCGUCGACGAAGUCGCGAGCCGUAUUCACGACCGCGCGACACUCCAGACGAUUCUUCACUUCGGAACGUGCGUGCACGCGCUCCGAGCUCUUCGUCUGACGUGGGAUUCAAUUAAUUUGCCGAAACCCGUCACGGUUUCUUCGCUCGUUGAUUUGGUUGGGAAAAUUCAGUCUCCCGGUGACGAAAUUAUGGUUGACGUCGGGUUCGUGAAGCAGUUCAGAUCAAGCGUGGGCUCGGUCGUCGACGCCGAGUGGUUGUCGAAAAUGAUUCCAGAGAUCGAUGCCGGCGCAUUUGCUGCAGAUGGCGCGGAUUAUCGCAAGCGAGCCAUCAUGGCGCUCGCGGCUGGGAGUUCCGGUGCGCUAUCCGGUGCUGAGGCGCUCGACAACGCCUUGAGACUCGCGGAUGUGUACGGCGUUGAUUCGUCCGACGUCUACACCGCCCAUGCCGCACUUUUAGCGAGUGACAACGCCGAAGAGGUGCGUCGAGUCACUUCUCUUUUAAAAGAGAAGCUGCCCGCACAUCCGAAGAAGAGCGUGGAGACGCUCCAAACAUCUGUUUGGGAGACGUUGCCGAGGAGCGGAAAAGGCGCGCUAGAAUCGGCGCUAGCAUAUUUCGAAGUCAUGAGCGCUUGCGAGGAUGGCACGGCGAAAAAGUUGUGCGAGAUUUCAGAUGCGUUGAAGAGUCUUUCCGCUUCGUGCGUGAAUAUUGAUUUGCACGCGUUCGUUGACGGUAAAGGAGAUGCGCCGCCAGAUGCUGCGGACGCGAUGUUGAACGCAAUUCAGCGCGCCGUUGUCGCGAAUGGUCAAAGUGGAUUCCCACUCGAAACAGUUGAACGCAUCAUCGCCGCCGUUCAAAAGUUUCCGAGUGAAAUUUCAAACCUCACCGUUCCAGAGGACGUGUUCUUCACCGUCGCUCGUUCACUCCUGGCGCCGCCGCCGGGAGCGACGAGACCGAGCCCCGAUCACAGAUGGGACGCUCUAAAGUCCGUGGGACUCGAUCAUCUUGGUGAAAAGCAUCUUGUCACCAUAUUAAACGCCUUAAUUGGUGGCGGCGUGUCCACAACGAAGAUACAGAGGCCUCCAUCAUCGGUCCACAAAGAACUGAACACAUUCAGCGCUGAAAUCUCGUCCCGGACUCGCUUGAAAGCGGUGGAAGAAGUCUUGAGCGUCGUCGGCGACGCCGAAAAUCUCAGCGGCGUGCGCGCGGCGAGGGAUGACCUACGCCUCGUGAUUCGAGUGAUGGACGACAUUCCUGGACUUAAUUCGACACUUUUGAGACUGCUUGAAGAAUCUUUAAGCGAUCGAGAGAGUUUACAAGAAGUCGCUAAAUCUUGGGUUCAGAACUCGGCGACGUUUGGGCAGCUCUCCACGCUUGCGGCGACGCUUGAGUCCGAUUCCCCUGAACGGCGCGUAGACGUCCUCUUAGCCGUCUCGAGCGCUUUAAGCGACGCGUUUAUAAAUGUUUCCGAUGAAGCAUCGGAGCUUUUCAACAUUGUCCGGCAAACUCUCGGGGGAGGUUCUCCCAAGGAUGAGAAACUCGCCGAGGCGAGAUUGAGCGCCUUCACAAAGCUCGAAGGUUUCGUCGCCGUGGCGACGCCCGUAAUGCGAGGAAAAAUCCUGGAAAUUUUAUCCGACCUCGCGAGUGAAACUUGCACACUUUGGCCUGGUUGGCGCGCGUCUCAUCAAGGUCGAGGUAUCGUGAACGUCCUGCGUAUGCGCACGGGAGCGCUUCUCGCCCCCUUCGGACUCGAGUCGCCGACGGAAGAAUCUAUUCAAGACGUCCCCAAAAUGUGCGCGUAUUUCUCGAAUGAACUCGCGCACGGCGACGUAAAGGUUCCUUUUUCCGUGCUCGUAGAAGUUUUAACGCUCUGGGAAGAGCCACCGAAGAGAACGAGGAUAACUUUGAAGCCAUGUUGGAUGACUCUCUUGAAGCGAGGUUUGCGAGGCGAUGAAUGCGGCGAAUCCAUCGACAUCGUCGCCGCUCAAAUUUUCAGUAGCGGUGCAUCGACGACAAAGCGGUGGUUAUCGAACGAAGAUCUUAUGCAGCUUUUGGAUGAAGCGAAGCAAUCUUCCGAUUACGAUGAUUUACUCGUCGCCAAGUUGUCUUUUCUCCUCGGCGAACCGUUUCACGGCUCUCCGACGACUUGGGACGCCGAAGCGGUGGCGCUCGCGGUACACGCAGAACAAAUUCCGAAUACCUGUGCGGCUUCGGAAGACGUCUUUAAGACAUUUGUUGACUUGUCGUUCGAGCACGUGCGCGGACGGGACGUGCUUCUACCGCACAUGAUCGCCGCGUUAACGCGCGCCAAGAUGUACGAACGCGCGGCGUCUCUCGCGCUGCGAUUGACGACCGUGCAUCCGGUAUUCGCCGCCGAUUUCGAGAGUCGUUUAGCCAUCUUGCGCGAGCAAUUGUACUACCGCGCGCAGGCAAAGCGCGAUGGCGUUCAAACGAAGGAAGUGACGUCAGCCAUCGACCGCGUCUUGGUUAAGCUCGAGACGAGCCUUGCGGGCGCGUGCGCCAGCGCCAGCGGCGCGCUCGAGAUCGCGCUGUCGUGA